CAAAGCGAGCGGUAUGUGAGCUGCUCUUCCGUGAAGUUAAGAAUUCGAAACGAGAACCAAUCGAUCGAUCGCGAGUGCACGUAAUUGGAGCAAGCGGAUUGCCCGUUAAUUGCUGGCGACAGUAAUUGCAAUUGCAGCUGCCUAAGGUGUUGCCUGUUCUGUUAAUGUGUCAAUUGAUUGAUUGGCCCGCGACCUGAGUGAUUGAAAAUGCAGUUAAAGAAGCGCUGGUGGCAGAUCCGCCUGCCGCAGGUGGUGAAGCAGGAUCAGUCGAGGAACUAUCGGGACAUAGUGAACCUCAGCGAGUGCUCCUCGGUGUUGGCCAACACGGCCACCACGAUUAGCGACAGCUCCACCACCACCGCGAGCAGUGGCAGUCCCACUCGCCACCGGAGCUGCGACAGUCUGUCCAAGAGUUCGCAGGCGGAGGCGGGCAAGCUGUUCCCCCGGAACAUGCCCAGCAUUCGGCGGAGUCGCCGCCGGGCUGUGUCGGCGGAGCGCGAACGUUUGGCCAGCAGGGAGCGGAUGGAGGAGCAGGUGCAGCCGCCAAAAAUGCCACAGAUGAGCGCCGGGCAGCAAUCCCGCCUAUCGACAGUGACCAAACUGACGCCCAGAAAGUCAGGUGGCAAGUCCACCUGCUCCAAGAAUCGCGGAAAUCAGCCCGCGGCCGCAAAGUGCAUCAUUAAGUCAGCGGUGCGAACCAAAACCAAGCCAAAGGCCAAGAUCACCCUGGCACCCUACGAAAUAGCCCUGGAACUGCCCAAUGAGUCACCAGCUCCCACUUUGGCCAUGGCAGUGGCCCAAUCCUCCGGCUGCGAGCAUAGGAAAUCAAUCAGCGAGGAGCAGUUCCACUCCUCGGGAAUCUCCUGCAACGGAGAAACCGACGACGAUGUGGAGGUGGCCAUGCUGACCGGCAGCCUAACUCCCGCCCAGAUGGCCAGGAUCCAUAUGCAGCAGCAGAAGGAUAAGCUGCAAGGAUCGGCAGUGACCCUGCCGUUUGGAGACUUAAGAAAUCUAAACCUCUGCCGGAAUCGAAAUGCCGUCUGGCUGAAUCCCAAGGAUACGGAGCAGCUGAUCGAGGUGGAGGACAGGAGCAGGAGGGAGGCCUUCUGCUACUUCAACAAGGCCAUUGCCGACGAUAUCCAGCUCAGCGAUAUUGAAGAACAAUUGGCCCGGUUUGAUGGCCAGUCAAAGAGACCGCCGCCGCCAGCAGCGACGGCAGCCAAAAUCACCCAGCCCAGCCAAGCAGCCAUUAGAAAAUUCAAGCCGACGCCCGCGCCCCGCACCAGCAGCAACAUGCAACAGACCCCGCAGCAACAUCCACAGCAGCAGCAACACCAUCCGCCCAGCAGCAGCAGCUACUAUACGCAGACGGAGAGUGAGUUGCUGCAGAUUGAGGCGGGCGGAACGGGCCUGAUCUUUGCCCCUCAAACCCAAUCGCAUUGCCACUCGGCGGUCAGCGCCCUGCAGCCAACAUCGCUGGGCAGUCAGGUGGCAUCCACAUCCAAUCUGGACGUGCCCUCGGCCGCCUCCAGUGGCAGUGGGGGAAGCGGGGGUAGUGGGGGAAGCGGUGGAGCCCCGGGUUCAACGAGCCACUUUGUGUCGCCCCUACAGCGUCGCCACUGCCAGCCGCCCAGCCAUCUGCCGCUCAACUCGGUGGCCUCCCCCUCGCCCCUCCGCACCGCCAGCUACAAGACGGCGGCGGCGGUGGCGGGGCACGGCUUCCAUCACAGCCACCACCAGCAGCUGGACUUCCAGCGGAACUCGCAGUCGGACGACGACAGUGGCUGUGCCCUCGAGGAGUACACUUGGGUGCCGCCGGGUCUGCGGCCCGACCAGGUCCGCUUGUACUUCAGCCAACUGCCAGACGACAAAGUGCCCUACGUCAACAGUCCCGGCGAAAAGUAUCGUGUCAAGCAAUUACUGCACCAGCUGCCGCCGCAAGAUAACGAAGUGCGCUACUGCCACUCGCUGAGCGACGAGGAGCGCAAGGAGCUGCGCAUCUUCUCGGCCCAAAGGAAGCGGGAGGCCCUGGGUCGCGGGGCGGUACGCCUGCUGUCCGACGAGCGACCCUGCAAGGGGUGCGAGGAGCCUCUGUCGGGCGGUGACAUCGUGGUCUUCGCCCAGCGGUUGGGCGCCCAAUUGUGCUGGCAUCCGGGCUGCUUUGUGUGCAGCGUCUGCAAGGAGCUGCUGGUGGACCUCAUCUACUUCCAGCGGGACGGGAACCUCUACUGCGGUCGGCACCACGCCGAAACCCAGAAGCCACGCUGCUCCGCCUGCGAUGAGAUAAUCUUCUCGGACGAGUGCACGGAGGCGGAGGGUCGGACGUGGCACAUGAAGCACUUCGCCUGCCAGGAGUGCGAGCACCAGCUGGGCGGACAGCGGUACAUCAUGCGCGAGGGCAAACCGUACUGUCUGGCCUGCUUCGACACGAUGUUCGCCGAGUACUGCGACUACUGCGGGGAGGUGAUCGGGGUGGACCAGGGUCAGAUGAGCCACGACGGGCAGCACUGGCAUGCGACGGACCAGUGCUUCAGCUGCUGCACGUGCCGCUGCUCCCUGCUGGGCAGACCCUUCCUGCCCAGGAGGGGCACCAUCUACUGCUCGAUCGCCUGCAGCAAGGGAGAGCCGCCCACGCCAUCGGACACGAGUUCGGGUCCCCAGCUGCGGCCCACGCACCGGGCCUCAACCUCUAGCCAAAUAGCCAGGUCCCCGCGGAGGGGGGCACAGGAGCGGGAGCGGGAGCGGGAUCCGGGACGAAAGACCCACCAUGGCCACCAUGUAGCCAAGGCCACUGGCAGUGCCGGCGAUCUCCUGGAGCGGCAGGAGCGACAGCGCAUGGAGGCUGCCGGCGUGGCGGAUCUACUGCUCGGCGGAGGCGUUCCCGGCAUGCCACGCCCAGCCCAUCCGCCGCCCAUCGACCUCACCGAACUGGGCAUCAGCCUGGACAACAUCUGCGCCGGCGACAAGUCCAUCUUCGGGGACAACCAAACGCUGACCAACUCCAUGCCGGACAUGCUGCUCUCGAAGGCGGAGGAUUCGCACAGCUACCAGAGCAUCGACAAGAUCAACCUGAACUCGCCGAGCAACUCCGACCUGACGCAGAGCACCCAGGAGCUGGCCCACGAGCUGGAGCUGGACAACGAGCCGGUGCGGGAGCUGCCCCACGAUGGCUACGAGCAGCUCUUCGCCGGCAACCGCAACCAGGAGCACCCGGCCGACCAGGAGAUGGAGGACGAGCAGCUGGACAACCGGCCGCUGAAGGAGGUGCGCUUCCACAGCGUCCAGGACACGAUGUCGCGCUCCAAGAGCUACACGGACAACUCGAACGCCCGGCGGCGACGGAGGCGUCGCAACCAGUCGCGCAGCUCCUCGGAGAUGCAGAUCAACCAGACGAAUCUCCGCCUGCACAACGCCCAAACGCAGGUGGGGGGAAAUGCAGGUACCGGUGGCGGAGCCCUCAACCUGCUGAACAACCUGGACAACUGCGACGUGGCCAGCAUCUGCUCUACGUGCUCAUCCAGCUCCUCCAGCGACAUGGAUGACUACGUGUACCGGCUGCCCGCGCGAAAGCACUACGGCGGAGUGAGGGUGGCCUAUGUGCCCAACGAUGCACUGGCCUACGAGCGCAAGAAGAAGCUGGCCCAGGACUCGUCGUUGAAUCCUGGAGAAGGAAGAGGAGGAGGUGCGUCGAUGGCCGGGGCACCGGCGAUCAUGCACGAGAGCAAGAACUGCACCAUUUCCUGACCACCCCCCAUGCUGCCGCCACCGCCCCUCAACCUGAGCAGCUACUACAUCCUGGACACGAUCCUGGAGGAGCAGAGUCUGAUGCUGCCGGAGAAGAAGCCCGGCUGCCUGAGGCGGGUGUGGAACUUCUUUGGGUUGGGAAAGCCCCGCCAAUCCACUUCGCAGCACACCAGCAACGGUCGACUAUACAGCGUGUAAAGGGGAAAGUCUUUUCUCACACGGUUGCCAUGUUAUUAGUAACACCAACUCCAUUACAUUCUGGUUACCAAAGCGAGACCACACUUAAGGGUAAUUAUUGAAAUGGCAACCGUGGCUGUAAAUAACAUAUCCACAUGUAUAAUAUACCGAUUAAGAAGACACAUAUGAGAUCAGAGAUGAGAGAAAUCGUUGUACAAAGCUAAAACUAUAUCAUAUUUGCAUAUUCAUAUACACAUGCCCAGCCAGGGGUAUUUUCAUUAUUAGUAAGUUAUUCUAGGGCUAGAUGUAGGCAGAACAGAAACAAACGAAAAGCAGAGACCACAAACAACGCAAUCAACGAACAAUAAACUCCAACGAAAUCCAAUCGAUGGCCAACAAAAGAAUCUCCAAAAGAGUGAAAGUAUUAUCUUAUUCAGAUAUUAGCCAAAUGUGCAAUAAUUUAAAAUGGCAAAAGCAGAAUGCGGAAACAAACAAAUCGAAACAUUAACAUUUACAAUAUUUGCGGUUUCUUUUCGUCAAUAUUUUGUUUAACAAAUCAAAUUGAAGAUUCUUUUGUUUGCAAACCAAAACGUUUUAUGUAAUUUGCGUGCUUUCUCCGCAGCGUGAAAGGGAAAUUGUUAUAUAAAAGGAAUGUGUCCAGAAUACUUGGAGUGAAGAAAGUUUUGUAAGCAACCAGUGAGAGUUAAACGAAAACAUAUGUCUAAGCUAUGCUAUAUCAACAAGUGUGUAUGGAAACAUAAUCAAAAGUAAAAUAUAUGUCUGUGUAUUUUAUUCUAAAACAG